AUGACCUUCACUAGAUCCCGUUCUCUUAUAAUGUCCCCAUACUUCAUCAAUAGUAUAGCUAUUACUCGUACUAUGGACUAUGUCGUGGAUCUUGGUUUCAAGCUAAGCUGCAAUCUUGACCCGACUGCUCACAUUGAGUACGUGUGUUGUAAAGCUUUGAAACCCCUUGGUCUUGUCAUCCGAUUAGUAAAGGAUUUUCGGCUUGAAUCGUCAUUAAAAACACUUUUCUGUGCGCUUGUGCGCCCCAUUUUAGAAUAUGGAACCGUAAUAUGGGAUCCUCAUACUGCAGACAAUGCAAGGCAAAUUGUGCGUGUUCAGCGCCGGUUCCUAUGCUAUGCUGGUCAUAUCCUUAAGAUUCCUCGUGCACCUCAUAACUAUACACCGGUUGCUAUUCAUCUAGGUAUGGCAUCCUUAGCCGAACGUCGCCGUGUCGCAGGUCUUAAAUUCCUAGCGGGUCUUUUAAACAAUAAUAUAGAUUCUCCAGUCCUUCUCCCGCAAAUCUCCAUUAGAGUUCCAUCCCGUCCAUCCCGCUCAAAGGCCCUCUUCUAUGUCCCGCACGCCACCACUAACUAUAUGGCUAAUGUGUCUUUAAGACGCCUAAUGUCGUCUGCCAACCAAGAACCUUCCUUCGAAGAAUUGCUAAAUUUUUAA